UAGUGGCUAGCGUAUUGGCCCCAACAAAACAGUUUGCAUUUAAACGUCAGAGCCAACGGUUCGUUGAUUUUUUGAAUCGGUGAAACGCGCGGUUGAAUUUGAACAAAAGAAAUAAAGUGGAAAAAUAAAAAAGAAGAGUAAAAACACAAAUAGUUUUUGUUUGUUUCAAUAUUUGCAUAGCCAAAUAUUAACAAUAAACUAAUAUUAAAAUUGUUUUCAAAUAACAAAAUAUUCAACUCUUUGUAGAUUGGAGAAUUUCAAAUUGCAUCCAUGAAAUCCCCACUCAUCACCGCCUGCCUUUUGGCCUUGGCCAUUGUACAAAUCGGUGCUCAGGAUGACUAUUGCUUCGGCAAGGAUAACUCGAGACCGCAGACACGCCAUUUCACCUCAAAGACUGCCUAUCAAAUUGCCAAGAGCUCAAAUAUUGAGAAACAAUAUUUGGUACCCGGUUGCACGGCCCAGAAAAUGUGGAUCUUCCACAGACACGGAACUAGACUACCCUCGAAGAGUACCAUCCAGAAGGCUCCACGUUUGGAACAGUUGCGCGAUUUAAUUGCUGGCAACUAUGGCAAAAGAUCGGAUCUGCCCGCAAAUACGAGUACCUUGUGCAUGGAAGAUUUGAUUGCUCUGAAAAUGUGGAAAUGGAAUACCAGUAUUACCGAUGACAUGGAAAACUAUUUGACCAGUCAAGGCUAUGAAGAUUUGCGUGGCACAGCCAAAACAUAUCAGAAAUAUUUCCCCGAAGUUUUGAUCAAGGAAUAUGACCACGAACAUUUUAUGUUCCGACACACCGACACCCAACGCACAACGGAAAGUUUCAAGGCUUUCACCGAAGGUUUGUUUGGUGCCAAUAGCGGAGCAGUUGCCGAAGAUAUUCCUGAAAAAGAUUUGUUGUUGCGCCCCUAUGACUAUUGCACAUCGUGGAGUUCUCAGAAUUAUAAAAAUGCAGGUUCCGAAUCGGAUAAGUUCCGCAACAUGGCUCUGUGGAAUAAAACAUUGGCUGAUGUAUCAGCACGUUUGGGCUUCAAAUACACUUUGGAUGCUUCCGAUAUUGAACUGAUGUACGACAUGUGCCGUUAUGAACAGGCCUGGCAGGUGGAUCGUACCAGUGUUUGGUGUGCUGCCUUCCUCCCAGAACAGGUGACCGUUUUCGAAUAUGAAGACGAUUUAAGAUAUUUCUACAAAUCUGGUUAUGGCAAUGCCGCCAAUUCCCGCCUCAACUGCCGUGCCGCCCAAGAUAUGCUCAAACACUUGAGCAGCAAAACGGCUCCCAAUGUUGUCAGCUACUUUGGACAUUCCACCGGUGUACAAACUCUGAUUAAUGCCCUUGGCAUUAACAAGGAUGAAGUGCCACUUUUGGCCAGUAACUAUGACCAGCAAGGCAAUCGUAAAUGGGCCACCUCUAAAAUUGAUCCCUUCGCCGCCAACUUUGUGGCUGUCAAAUAUGAAUGUGAAGCCGAUACUGAAAACAAGGAAAAGGCCAUAUUCUUCCUGAAUCAAGAUGCUGUUGAUUUGAGUUGGUGCAAGGUCGGACUCUGCAACUGGAACGAGGUGCUGGAUCGUUAUAGCCAUCUCUUGAAUGCCGAUUGUGAGAGCUACUACUGUGGAGACGGUGCUAAUGCCAUUGGCAUUUCGUUGGGCGCUCUCCUGAUGACUGCCGUUGUUUACUUAAUUAAUUUAAUGUAGAGUUACCCCUUUUCUAUCUGAAGCGACAAGCCUUACACCCUCUAAGUUUGCCUCUCUCUUUGUUAAUUUCGUUAGUUCCAUGCUAAAGUAACGAAGUCUCUUAACAACAAUUAAUGAUUGUCUUUAGUAUAAUUUAAUUUAAAUUAUGAAUCACAAUUCUAUGUAAAAGUGUACAAAUAUUUAAUUAUUUUUCUUUGAUUUCUUUUCUCUUUCGCUUCUAAUUUCUUUUGAAUUAUUUCGACUCUGUAAUUAAUUUUAUUUUCAAAUGUUUUUUUUUUCGUUUUAAAUCAAUGUUUUGUUUUUUCCUUAUUUCUGUUCGUUUUCUUUUAACUUUAUAUUGCGUAGUAUUUUUUAACGAAACUAUGAAACAAAAGCUUUAUUAUUUUAAUAAAAGAAUCAUUAAAAA